AUGCCCAUCCCCAUUAUCAUCCAGGGCGUGCGUGAGGGCGUCUCGUCCAUUCCGUAUGCCUGGACCGUCCUGCAGGUCGCCCCCUGGGCGCUCCUCCUGGCCGCAUUGAAGUACUACUUUGGCGGCGCACGCAAUGGCUCCGAGCGAUUGAUGCAUUCGAAGGUGGUCAUGGUGACGGGCGGAACAUCCGGCAUCGGUGCCAGCGUCGUCUACGAGCUCGCCUCGCGCGGCGCCCAAAUCAUCCUGCUCACACAGCACGCCCCCAACGACAUCUUCCUGGUCGACUACAUCGAGGAUCUGCGCAAGUCGACCGGCAACCAGCUCAUCUACGCCGAGCAGGUCGACCUGCGCUCGCUGCACUCCAUCCGCACCUUCGCCACCAAAUGGAUCGACAACGUCCCGCCCCGCCGCCUCGACAUGCUCAUCCUCUGUGCCGGCACCGCAACCCCCACCUCCGCCUCGCCGCGCCCCGUCACCCCGGACGGCCUCGACGAGGAGUGGCAGGUCAACUACCUCGCCAACUUCCACCUCCUGAGCAUCCUCAGCCCGGCCCUGCGCGCCCAACCGCCCCACCGCGACGUGCGCGUCAUCUUCACCACCUGCACCAGCUACAUUGGUGGGAAGUUGAACCUCAAGGAGGCUGACACCGCACCGACUACUGCUGCUGCUGCCGCCGCCGCUACCGCCAUGGCGACAUCAUCGAAGAAAGGCAAAUCGAAAAAGAAACCCACGCCCGCCACCACUACUUCCUCUUCCAUGGCGACCAGAAAACGCCCCAACCUGUUCGCCGCCAGCAAACUCUCCCUCAUGAUCUUCGCCCACGCCUUCCAACAACACCUCAACGCCUACAAGCGCCCCGACGGCCAGCCGCCCUGCACCCGCGUCCUCGUCGUCGACCCGGGCUUCAGCCGUACCCCCGGCACACGCCGCUGGCUGACCGGCGGCUCGCUGUGGGGUCUGCUGUUCUACCUGCUGACCUGGCCAUUCUGGUGGCUUGUGCUCAAGUCGGCACCGCAGGGCGCGCAGAGUAUCCUGUAUGCGGCGAUGGAGGCCAAAUUCGGCCGUGGGACUGGCGGGUGGAUGGUGAAGGAAUGUCGCGAGGUGGACUUUGCACGGCGCGAGAUCACAGACCAGGAGGUGGCGCGGCAGUUGUGGGAGUUUAGUGAGAAGCAGAUUGAGGUGAAGGAGCGCGAGGGCGCGCUUCUGAGGGCGAUGCAGAACCAGAACCCGGAGCAAGAUUCGCAGAAAGGACAGGAGCAGGCAGCGACUGGGUCCGGGUCCAAGGCGGGGGAUAAGACGCCUGGGUCGCGACGGAGCCGACGGACGAAUAAAUAG